GUUGACGAUGUCAACAGCGAACAAGUAGUAGCGUCGCAUCGUCGAUUCUAAAUAACAGUUGUUUGUUGUCGCGAGAAUACGAAAAUAGAAUAACGCCCGUAUGUCGUUCAGUUUCAGCAGUUGUUGUUUGGUCAGCGCGGUUUAAAUUUGGAUUAAUAAUCACGAGCCGGGUUUGCGAGGAUUCUCCCGAUGUUCCACUUCCCGAUACUACUUCUUACAAUCCACUUAUGGAGUUUAAGCCAAACGAAUCCCGUCAUAUCGACUUCGUCCUGCAAAUGUUGGGAAGAUUAUCAAGCCGAGCCGACUGAAUCGGGACUUGAAUGCGUUGCCUUAGAUCAAUUCCACGUGAUGCCGUGCAACAUGCCCCACCUACCAAAGUGCGAAUGUUCCGGCGGCGUCAGCAACAUUUUAAAAGACGAAACUGGCACAUGGUGUACCAAAUACCGCAAAGGGGAGGAGCUGACACGUUGGCCAUGCGAGAACACCAAAGACUGGAACGAAUUCUUCAAGACCAAUCCCAAUCUCGUCAACACCCGGUACGAACUGUGCAAGUCGGAAAAACCGCCCAGAUGCGAAUGUUCGGGCGACUUUGGGGGUAUAAUGAAAGACCGAAGCGGAACGUGGUGUAUCAGUUACACGAAAAAUUUGACGGAAACAAAAUGGCCGUGCGAAAACGAAGACGAAUGGAAAAAAUACUAUGCUAAACAUCCCUACUUUAUUUAUUGUUAAUAGUAUUGUAUUAGAU